CCCAGACUUCCUGUGUAUGGAGCGGAAAAGCCAGAGCUGGGGUAGGAGAUGAAGCACCCGGGGCUGCUCGGAACAAUUUACCGAAGACCCUCCACUUAACUUGUUCUGGGGGGUUGUAACCAGUAAAAAGAGAGGAGUAACGAGCUGUGUGAAGAAGCAACUAUGGAAGAUGACCAGACUCUCAGUUCUCUCGAUAGCUCCAUGCCACUUAAGAAACCUGGUUAUAAGACUGAUGAAAGCCUUGGAAAUACAAGUAAUCAGGAAGACAAUAUAUCCAAAUCGAACACGAGAAAUGAACCUCUAGAGGAUUCUGCCACAAUGUGCAAAGUAACAAGUAAUAUUAAAGAAGAGAAUGUGUCAGAAUCCCAAGAUAUUGCAGAUACGGAAAUUGUGACUAUUCAGAUUACAGAAAACACAGAAUUCCACUUGAAUACUCUGUCAAAAUCGUUUUAUUGCCAGGAGUGCAAUAAAAGCUUUCAUCACAAAUCAGUUUAUCUCUCUCACCAAAGAACACACACCACAGAAGCCACUUUUAAUUGUAAAAAAUGUGCUAAAACCUUUAAUAGUCACGCUGACCUCGUCGAACAUAAGUUGAUGCACAGAAAAGAAAAGAUGUUCGCUUGUACUGAUUGUGGGAAACUCUUCCAUGAUAAAGUGAAACUAAUCACGCACCAACGGAUACAUACAGGAGAGAAGCCGUUUAUUUGUUCGGAGUGUGGGAAAUGCUUUACAGAUAAUAAAAACCUUGUCAAGCAUCAGAGAAUUCACACUGAAAAGCUUUUUGUGUGUUCAGAGUGCCGGAUAUGUUUUAGCCAUAGCGCAGAUCUGGAGAAACAUAAACUAACUCACUCCAGCUCUAAGCCGUAUAUAUGUUCUGAAUGCGGCAAACGUUUUACACGUGACUCGAAUCUUGUUAAGCAUCUGAGAACCCAUAGAGGAGAAAAACCAUAUUCGUGUUCAGUAUGCGAAAAAUGUUUUACCGAUAACGCUAACUUGAUCAAACAUCAGAGAAUUCAUACGGGAGAAAAACCUUUCAUAUGUUCUGAAUGCGGCAAAUGUUUUACUCGUAAUUCUAAUCUUGGGAGACAUGUAAGGAUUCAUACUGGAGUAACGCCAUUUGUGUGUUCCGAGUGUGGCAAAUGUUUUAAUCAAAACGCAAAUCUCAUUAUACAUCGAAGGAUUCACACCGGAGAAAAACCAUUUACGUGUACAGAGUGCGGGAAAUCUUUUAACCAGAACUCGAAUCUUAUAAAACACCAGAGAAGUCAUCGAGGUGAAAAACCCUUUAAAUGCACUGAGUGUGAGAAACGAUUUACCACUAACACGUGUCUUCUUAAACAUCUGAGAAAACAUACUGGAGAGAGACCCUUUUCAUGUCCUGACUGUAAAAAAUGUUUUAUUGAUAAAAGAAGUCUUAUUAAGCACGAGAAACGUCAUACAAAUAUAAAUUAAUUUUGCCUGUAAAGUGUAUUAUUUGUUUUGUGUUUUCUAAAUAAUAUAUAAAUGUAUAUAAGAAAUGA